CAUUCUCAGAUAGUGAAUUCACUUGAUUGGUAGUAAAAUCUGUGGACGAGUUGUGUUUGUGAGUUGUGGUUUAGAUUGUUUACCAACGUAGGGCAGAGGAGGACGAAUAUGUCUAUUCAAUUGCAGUACAUGAAACGUGUCGUGGAUGUGGAAAUACCAGCGACAUACGAGAAAAUCAUCACGGAAGUUUCGGAAUGGACGGGAUUGGAUACUGCUGAGUUUUACCUACUGUACAAUGGCCGUAUCUUGUGUAACACUGACAGCAUUGAAGAUGGGAAUGUGCACAUUAUUCCUAGACUUGUUGGAGGCAAAGGAGGUUUUGGAUCCAUGCUUAGGGCAAUCGGUGCACAAAUAGAAAAAACAACUAAUAGAGAGGCAUGCAGAGACCUGAGUGGGCGACGGCUGAGGGAUAUAAAUGAAGAGAAAAGAUUAAAAAACUGGAUAGCUCAGCAAGCAGAGAGGGAACAGGAAGCAGCAGAAAGACGUCAGAAGAAACUUGAACGACUGUGCUUGGAACCGAAACAUGAAUUUAAGGACAUAAAAUAUGAAGAAGAGCGAUCUGUGUUAACAGAAAAAGUUUGUGAUGCUGUUGAACAAGGAUUCAAGGCAUCAACAAGUGGUGGAAAUGGCGUGAAGAGAAAACAGGAAAGCAAGGAAAUGAGCUCAAAGCCAAAGAAAAAGAAGACAUGCUUGUGGAUUGAUGCUGAUAAUGAACUUGACACUGAGGAUAGUGAUGAUUGCCUCAGUGACGAGAAUGAUGGCAGUACGUCAUCAAAAAGUGCUUCUCAAAAUGGUUCCAGUCAGUUAAGUGUUGACAAAAGGAUAACACAAGCUGUGUAAUAUUAUUGAAUCAGUCUCCUUUUAAGGAAUCAAGUGAUUGUACUGUAUGUUUUUGUAAAAUAAAAUGUGUAAAAAUAAUUAUUAUACAAAUAUAUUAACAAUUGAAUUUGUAUGAAUAAUAAAAUAACUAUUAUUCAGUA